CCGUCAAGUGCUCUCGAGAAGUGCGGUUCGUUGGUGAAGCAGUCCGAAACAGUGACAGACAGACAGCCACUGAGUGGCUGAAUUGCGUCAACUUUUGCAACACACCGUCCGGAAGUUGAAUUGAUCGUCGCCAAACGGUCGCGUGUGCUAGUGUGCAGUGCAACAGAGCAUAGAACGUCAAUUGAAACCCCUUAAACAUCUCACUAGAGUGAACAAAGGAAUCAGUAAUCGAUGUGUGUGUGUAUGUGUGUCGUCACCCGGUUGUGCAUUAGAAUCAAUUAAUAGUCAACGGCACCCGGAUCCGUGUGGGCUGAUCUCGCAGGCGUAACGUUAUGCAACGUCGUGUCUAAAGCCGUACCGAAAUCAGCUGUGCCGCGCGGUCCGAUACAGAGAAUGUUCGCCAUCCUUCUCGGCCUAACGGUGGCCCUGUUGUGCGCUUAUCUCAUCAAUGAAUUUCGUCGACCAGCCAACUAUCCGCCGGGUCCACCAUGGCUGCCCAUAGUCGGCAACACACCGUACAUACGCAAGCUCGCCCGUCAGUACGGUGGACAGCAUAAGGUGUUCGAGCUGCUCGGCAAAACCUACCGCAGCGAUGUGAUCGGCCUGAAGCUGGGUCGCGAGUACGUGGUCGUGGCGCUCAACUACCCCGCCGUGAACGAGGUACACCGGAACGAUGUCUUUACCGGGCGGCCCGAUAACUUCUUCAUUCGCUUGCGAACGAUGGGUACACGACUCGGCGUUACCUGCACGGACGGUGCGUUCUGGGCGGAGCAUCGUAACUUUGUAACGCGCCACCUCCGGCAGGUCGGGUACGGCCGGCAACCGAUGCAGGUGCAGAUCCAGAACGAGCUGAACGAGCUGAUCGAUGUGAUCCGCGAGCGCCAUCAGCAGCCGAUCUGGCCCGGCAGCAUCCUCUCAAUCAGUGUCAUCAACGUGCUGUGGACGUUCGUGACCGGGACGCGCAUACCACGCGAGGACGAUCGACUCCAGCGCCUGCUCCGGCUGCUACAGGACCGCUCGAAAGCGUUCGACAUGUCGGGCGGUGUGUUGUGCCAGCUGCCCUGGCUGCGGUUCAUUGCGCCCGAAUGGAGCGGGUACAAUCUGUUGCGCCGAUUCAACCUGGAGCUGAACGAGUUCUUUGCUCCGACCAUUGCCGCCCAUCAUGCCAACUUUAGCGAGGAUAAAGCAAACGACGACCUGAUCUACGGCUACAUCAAGGAGAUGCGCGAUCGCCAGGACGAUCCACAGUCCACCUUUACCGAUCUGCAGCUGACGAUGAUCAUACUGGACAUCUUUAUUGCCGGCGGCCAAACGACCAGCACCACACUGGACCUAGCGCUCAUGAUGAUGCUCGUUCGGCCGGACAUUCAGGCACGCGUGCGACAGGAAAUCGAUACCACGCUGCGAUCCGUCGAGCUGCCGCAGCAAACCGACCGCUCGCAGCUACCGUACACGGACGCGUUUCUACUCGAGGUGCAGCGCUUCUUUCACAUUGUGCCGGUGAGUGGACCGCGCCGUACGCUAGCAGACUGCAGCCUCGGAGGCUACCGGGUGCCGAAGGACACGACCGUAUUGAUCGGUCUGCGUACGGUGCACAUGGACCGGGACUAUUGGGGCGAUCCGGAGGUGUUCCGGCCGGAACGGUUCUUGGAAAGUGAACGGGACACAGCAGGCAAGCCCCAUCUACACACGGAUCGGUUAAUGUUUUUCGGCAUCGGUAAGCGGCGCUGUUUGGGUGAGGUGCUGGCUAGGGCGUGCUUGUUUACGUUUUUCGUCGGAGUAAUGCAAAAGUUUGAACUACUUACACCGGAAGGUGGUAAUCGUGAGAUGGAACCGUCGAUUGUGUUGCGGCCAGGCAUAACGCUGUCGCCCAAACCGUACGAGGUAGUGUUUCGUCCGCGAUGAGAUGGUCUUGGAGGGGUGCUCGAGGGAUAGUAGGAUAGUGGUGGCUUUUGUUUUUGGAAUAGGAAAGUGUGCAAGUCCUUCAUUUUAAUUCUAAGCAACAACAAUCAUCCAGUCAUGGACCCAUCAGCCAUCGAACCAGGGAAGAUAGCUCCAAUCGUCUUUAAGUGCUGCCGUAACUCACUGCUUGUCAAUGUGUCGAUACAGUAAUGAAAAUUUAGAGUGCCAUACUUUGAAAGUAUCAAUAAAGUUAUUAAAACAACAACAAAAUAA